AUGGACCACUCCCAAGACCCAUCCGGGUAUACCUUCGAUAACAGAGCUCGACAGCCGUUGUGCGAGUCGCACGGCAAUGCCCAACCCCAAGGCCUACCUGACCUUUCCUUCUGUGCGCAGGGCCCACCUCUGGUCCUGCCUCCUCACCAUCCCCAUCACCAUCAUCAGGCUGCUGGUCAGACGCACCUACCCAACGCUGCGGUUGUGGCAUCACAAGCACCUCCUCCGGGGUUCCCGACGGGGUACCGGCCGAGGCGGGAGAGGCCAAGGGGAGCGGACUGGCGCCGGCGCGGGAAGAAUCCGUUCUAUGGACACGACCAGUUUCGGCAAUAUCGGAACAGGCAGGACCAGAAAGAGGAGAAGGAGGGACAGAAAUGGCCUCCAAUCCUCGAAGAUCCCUUUCUCGAUGCACUCCUCUUGAUCCCGGAUAUGGGAAGGUCAAAAUACUUCAUGCAUCAGUCAUUACACGGCCGGAACAUGAUUAUUAGCAUGUACGUGUGGAUGGCCUACUGCAGGUCGCUUCCUCCGGGGACGACACCGAAUCCCGCGAACAAGAGGGAUAGGAAGGCCAUAUCGAGCCAUAUCCAAGUGCUUAAGAACUUCUUCAAGGACCAUCGCUUCUUCCAUUUCUUCUUCCCGACGAAAGAUGAGGAGCAAAGACGCUCCGCGAAAGACGACGGAAAGUCGGUAGAGUCUCACUCACUCAAGACAAACCCUGUUCUCAUGGCUCUCUCCCGCGGACGCUUCCCAGACGUCCGGCCGAAUUACGAGUAUUUUGCCCACCUCCUGUCUCAGAACUCGACUGUUUCAGCGCGGCCGAAGACGUGCUGGGUUUUCGUAUCCUCUCCGCAUAUCCAGAUUCAAGAAGAUGGAGCCGUUACUGGCAGGGACGGGAAAGCUCUCGACGUCACCAAGUUCCCGCAGCUUGCGGUAGCGAUGGAGGAGGGAGAAACUCCCUACCGGGGGCCAGAUGGGAGCGUGAUUCUCCAUGAAUAUACGAGUACCCUUUCGCAGACUUAUUCCGGUCCGGCCAAGGAGGUUACAAAACACUGGGAAACAAACUUCCCGGCCCUUCACGACUGCCUCAACCUCCCCGAGCCUCAGGACGAAGAUGCCCUCACGAUACUUGAAAUGACUGUCACACUCUCUCUCCACCAAAACGCUUUCCCGACUGGCUCAGAGCUCAACGGCCUCAUCGAAAUGACGAUAGAGCAGCCGUUUCUCCAGAACCAUCAGUGGAAAUGCGUCACCCGUCUCGUACGCCCGCGGGAGCUGUGUACGGAGGACGAGCCGUUGUUUCUCGAACACACUGAUGAGAUGGCGGUGCAAUAUACGCAUCAACCCGGAUGCGGAGAUAACAAGACCGGGUGUGACUGCAUUAGCCGCCCAAGGCAGGACGUCCGCGUACCGUUCCCGGCUGCCGAGUGGGCGAGCAUGCUGACGAACUGCGUGAGCUACCCCAAUGUCGUCCCCGAGGAACGUCUCAAAGGCCGAGGUCAGUCCGGGGGUGAUGAAGAGGAAUAUGAAAAGACCGGCAGCGAGCCAUCUCAGAGAGAACUUCUUUCUCGAAUUGGCAUGUUCCAGGAGCUCUGGAGUUGCGGUCCCACAUUACCACACGGCGGCGGCGGCGGUAUGGAAGGCGGAUGGGCUCGACGGGCCGUCAUCCUGUGGAAGUUCAGGGACGUGCACCAAUACAACGCGCGAAAGAAGAAAUGGGUAGCGGCAGAAUCGCCGACGGCGCAGUGGCGGUUCCUGACAGUGAAUGACCCUACUUCCGAAUACCACAUGAACAACGCGUACAUCUCGUACGACGAGGCGCUGGCCGCGGGAGCAGAGUUCCUAUCGCCUCAGGACCUGGUACAGGAGCAGGGACCGGAUCACAGGGGAUUUUCCCAGGAGGAUUUCAUGGCGUGGAACAUGGAUGCCAGCGUCGCCAAUCACCUUCGGGGACUAGAUGCCUCCGUUACAGAUUUUCCCGUCAUGGGCCUAGUGGACGGACUUGCCACACCGCCGACGCUGCCGAGUUCUUUCUCGACUGAGUUUCCGUCGCCGCAUGAUAUGGGGCGGAACCAGUUUGGGUUGAUGCACUCAGAAUGCGGAACCCCGAUGGAGAGUCAACCUAGUUCACUCUUCGGAGACGCCGCUGCGCCCGUUACUCCUGGGAAUAACCCCUUCCUGGCAGAGAAUAUGACCAUGGCUGCCGCUGCGGGGAUUGUCUACGAUGAUGUGGUUUGCGAUCCAGCACUGCAAGCUUGGAACACUGCGUCAUCGCUCCCGGAACUGAAGCCAUGGCUUGCGGGCACCGAUCCCAGGUUCGAUCCAUCGUCGCUGACACCGUCGGACAAGACACCCGAGUGGCCCGCGGACCAUGGCAUCGGGCAAGUCCUCUGGGAUGCGGCGGGGACGGGGUGUCUACAAAUGCCGCUCCAACCCGAGUGGAACGAUAUGGGGAAGAACGAGAGGAUGGAUGUCCAAACUACGUCUGGCGCCCCUACAUUAGUAGGCACUCCCCCUCCUACCGCCACCUUCUAUCACGAACUUGGACUCGCUGGGAAGAGGAUUGUGAAGAGGGCGAGAACGGAAGGACUAGAACUGGAGACUAACUUUCCUUACAAGACUAUAGAUAGAUUUGAUGGACCGGUCAAGAGGGUUAGGAGAGAUAUGCGAAGAGUUGCGAGCCGGGCUUAG